CUGCCUGCUGCUCUCGCUCGGCUCGGCUCGGCUCGGCUCGGCUCGGCUCGGCUCGGGUGGCAGACAUGCACGCCACGCUCUUCAGCAUCCUGGGGCUGGCCCUGCUCGGGGCACUGCACGCACAGGACAGCUUUCCUGUGCAGACUGACUUCCAGCAGGACAAGCUCACGGGAAGAUGGUACAGCAUCGGCCUGGCCUCCAACUCCAACUGGUUCAAGGAGAAGAAACACCUGAUGAAGAUGUGCACCACAGUCAUCUCCGUCACUGCAGAUGGGAACCUGGAAGUCACCUCCACCUACCCCAAGGGUGACCAGUGCGAGAAGAGGAACAGCCUUUACACUAAGACGGAGCAGCCAGGGCGGUUCAGCUACACCAGCCCACGCUGGGGCAGCAAGCACGACAUCCGCGUGGUGGAGACCAACUACGAUGAGUAUGCCUUGGUGGCCACCCAGAUCUCCAAGAGCACUGGCUCCUCCACCAUGGUGCUGCUCUACAGCCGGACAAAGGAGCUCAGUCCUGAGCGCCUGGAGAGGUUCACCCAGUUCUCCAGGGAGCAGGGCCUGAUGGAUGAAGAGAUCCUCAUCCUGCCCCAGACAGACAAAUGCAUGGCAGAUGCUGCCUAGAUAGACCCACCAGCUGCUGCCGGCCAGAGCCCUGAGAGCGCCACAAGCCGGUGGCGGCCCCAUCCCAUCCUGUCCCCAGCAACCCCCAGCACCACAGCAGCCUUUUUUCCCUGGCUUUGCCCCUCACACCUGUACCCCUCUGCCCAUUAAAGCCCGUAUAAACCCAG